AACAAGUGUGAAGUGUGGUGUGCCCAUCGCUGAAAGGAUAAGCCCAACUUUGGAUUACAUUACCGAAUCACAUAACACAACAUGAAGAACUUUGCCCUUUGCCUGUCCGCUGCUGCUCUGCUCUGCCUGGUAAAUGCCGCACCAAAGCCCCAGGGCGGUGAACCAAUUGCGAUUAUUAGCCAAGAAUCCAAUAUCGAACCGGAUGGUGCCUACAAUUAUGCCUACGAGACGGCAAAUGGAAUCAAGGCUGAGGAAACUGGAACCGUAAAGAAGGCCACAUCGCCGGACUCCACGGAUGUGAUCAUUGUCAAGGGUUCCGUGUCGUACACCUCCCCCGAGGGCGAGUUGAUCACUCUCAACUAUGCGGCCGAUGAUGAGAAUGGUUUCCAGCCACAGGGCGCACAUUUGCCCACUCCUCCACCAAUCCCACCAGCGAUCCAGAAGGCGCUCGACUAUCUGCUCAGCCUGCCCCCAGCUCAGCGUCGUCGUUAAGAUGAAGAUGGAGUUUAUUUAG